CCUGACCGGGAAUCAAACCUGGGGCCCUUCAGUCCGCAGGCCGACGCUCUAUCCACCGAGCCAGACAGGCCAGGGCGUGGUGGUCUUCAGGUUCCUCUACUGGUACACAGAGUGUCCUGCCAUCUGCAAACAGUGAGCAUUUCACUUCCUCCUUUCCAAUGUGGAUGCCUUUUAUUUCUUCUUUUCAUCUGGCUGCUGUGGCUAGGACUUCCAGUACUGGGCUGAAUAAGAGUGAUUUUACCAAAAAACUACUAGAACGGAUCAAUGAAUUCAGUGGAGUAGCAGGAUACUGUGCAAAGUAAACACCCAGAUAUCUGUUGCAUUUUUAUGUACUGACAGUAAACUAUCAGAAAGGGAAGCUAAGAGAACAAUCCCAUUUACAAUUUCAUCCAAAAAAGGACACAUGGGAAUAAAUUUAACCAAGGGUGUCAAAGGCCUGUCCUCGGAAAAUUAUAAGACAUUAAAUUAAUGAAAGAAUUCAAAGAAGUUAUAAAUAAGUGGAAGCAUAUACCAUGUCCGCGGACAGGAAGACCUAACGUCACUAAGCUGUCCACGCUACCCAGAGCAAUUCCUGUCGGGAGACCACGGCGUGCUCACAGGACGAGGACAGAUGUCACUACAGUGUGUAUGGAGCCACAAAAGACCCUGAAGGGCCACAGCCAUUUUGAGGGGAAAAAAGAACAAAGUUGGAGGAAUCACGCUACCUGAUGUCGAACCGGACCACAGGCCAGAGCGACCACAACAGCACGGGGCUGCUCGGUAAAAAGAUGGCGAUUGCGGCGGCGGCCCGGGUGUCUGGGCUGCUGGGUCGGUGGCGGCCCCAGCUGGCGCGGCCCAUGUCGAGUGGCGCCCUCGGCGAGGAGGGCUCCGCUCGCCUGUGGAAGGCCCUCACCUACUUCGUGGCGCCCCCCGGGGCGGGCGUGAGCACGCUGCACGUCUUUCUCAAGUCGCACCGCGGGGAGCGCGAGCGGCGAGUUCGUCGCCCACCCCACCUCCGCCCAGGACCAAGCCCUGCCCCCGGGAGAUGGCACCAAACUCUAUUCCAUAAUCCGCAUCUGAACCCGCUGCCCACCGGCUAUGAAGACGAAUAAACAGAACCUGGACCACUGCCCAGUGGGCCCACAGCACUGGUUUGGGCCAUACUCUGCACAUGGGCCAGAACAGUGUACGGGACCUUAAGCUGACUUCUGUCCUAACGUAAAACGAUGACUGUAGGGCACACGGAUGUUCCGUCUCUUUGCUGAUGGCAGGAAAUGGCUUAAAUAAAGAACAGGUUGGUCAUGAAAAAGCAAACAAACAGCAUGGCACUGACAAAAACGGACACACAGGCCGGUGGAACGGAAUCGAGAGCCCAGAAAUAAACCCGCACCUUUACGGCCAACUAAUAUCAGACAAAGGAGGCAAGAACACACAGUGGGGUAAAAACCGUCUAUUCAAUCAAUGGUGCUGGGAAAACUGGACAAAUCACAUGCCACAAAAAGGAAACGAGACCCCCUUCCCACACCGCACCCAAGAGCAAACUCACACUGGAUUAAAGACUUCAGCGUAAGAUCAAAACUAAAAACCCUCGAAGAAAACGGGCGGUAAGAUCUCGGCCAUUUCUGGGAGCUAUGCUUUUCCUGAGUGUCACUUCGGACGAGGGAAACAAUGAAAAAAUAAACAAACGGCCGGUCAGUGGGUGCCAGCGCCCCCGGUGGCUCUGCUCCUGGACCCCCCAACGGAGGGCAGAGCCACCACCUCCCACGGUCCCAGCUGCUCCAGGGACAGCGGAGCCUGGAGCGACCUCGAGGCUGAGCAGGACAAGGGCAACAGAGGCCAUGCCCCCC